AUGUGUGAAGUCAAGCUCUCCAUCUGCGUCCACUGCGGGAAAAUCUUUGCGGCAAAGAUGAAGUACUGCGACCCGGUCAAAGGCAAACUACUGGUCACGGACAGCACGCCAUUCGAGAUUAACUCGUCGUUCAAUUGGUCCCCCAUGGAGGGGUGCGGCGGCCUGCGAAUCCAUCCCACGGCAAACCUCGACGCCUGCAGAAAUGACAUCUCGAGGCCCGAGGUGCCCUUCGACCGACCAACGGCCGCGAGGCCAAGCACCAGAAGCCCCUACCCGACGCCCAUGGCGCUUCAGCGGACGGACUUACGAGAACAGCUUCCACCGAUUGCGGGAAUGGAAGAGCACCAGGGGGUGGCCAUGAUGCCGCUGGACUCGGACGUGCAACUGCAACUGCAAAUGCAGAUUCAGAUGCAGACGGAGACGCCGACUGGGGACACACCAACUGUUGGGUCGCCGUCAUCUUCGUGGUCAGGGUCGACUGUAUCAUACUAUUGA